CAGCACUCACCGUCUUGCAUUUUGUCAUUUGACUCCUCAUGAGCACCAGCGAGCACGUGAUGUCGACGAAGCCUGCGCUCUCGCGAGCGAUCUCCGACCGCUUCAGAGACUUCGGUGCCAUUCAAGAGGCGCUUAGGUAAACAAACGUCACUCUCAUGGGUAUGGCGCGAAUGGUCGCUAAACGAUGCGGUUGCUGCAGGAGUAUGAACCUCGAGUCGUCGAAUUUGAUGUUUGCGAUUGACUACACGACUGCGAAUCUGACCUGCGCUGAACAUAGUUUCGAUGGCAAAUGUUUGCAUUCGAUAGACCCCAGCGGAGGAAUUCUGAAUCCGUACCAGGAGGCACUGACGCGACUAGGUCGUGUACUGGUGGAGUUUGACGACGACCGCAGUAUCCAGGUGUCGGGCUUUGGAGACGCUAAGACACCGGAAAAUGCAGUCUUCAGCUUCACACCUGAGAACCCGAUGGACGGAUGCAAGAGCUUCAACGAAAUCUGGCAGCGUUAUCAUGAUCUUACGCCGACGAUAGAAUUGGGAGAAAAAUCUGCGAACCUUGGGCCGGUGAUUCGACACGCGACUGCUGUAGCGCGCGAGGUUACCGGUUUCCACAUGCUGAUCAUCCUCUUGAGCAGCCAUUUGGCAAACGAGCACCUGGUUGAGGCCGCUCAGGCAAUCGUGGAUGCAUCGAAGUUUCCGCUGUGUAGGUGGACGAAUUUGAUGGUAUUGAUGAUGCCUCGUAUGCUGAACUUGUUGCUCUUGGUUACCAGCGAUUAUCGUGAUCGGGAUGGGAGACGGUCCCUGGGUACGUUUUGCGUAUUAAGCUCGAAAUCGUCUCAAGACUUGACUAAAUUGUUGGACAUUUGAUUGCAGGACAAUAUGAAGGUGCUGGAUGAUCAGCUUCCGCAGCGGCAGUUUGACAACUUUAACUUCGUCAACUUCCACAAGGUGCGGCACACAGCGACGGAGGAGCGGAGGGUGUUCGUGCAGCGGAUCCAGGACGACAAUGCCGAGCCCGCUGCUGCGCCAUGCGAGCUGGACCCGCUUGAUCUCCUCUUCACUUUGCAGAUUUUAAUGGAGGUGCCUGUGCAGUACGAAUGCAUGUGCAGGUUGAACCUCCUCUAGUUAAACGGAGUUUUUAGGAGAAAAGUACCGCUGUAGCCAAAAUAGUGACUUCUACAGCGACUAUGAGAUAAAUGACGAGGUGAAAAUUGCUGUUGCUCUUCAAGUCAAUAGCACGGCAGGCAGGCCUGCUGUUCGGACCGGAAGGCAAGCUUUACCCUUGCACAGCGAACGUCGCAACGUCAGAUGGAGAUUUGACUCCAGGUGCGUGGAAAAAUUGGCUGGCAAUGGGAGGUGACGGCAAGAGCAAUGCCAAGAUGGUGUACCGGAGUUUGGUGAUCAAAAUGCUUCAAGAACACGUUGAAGCAAGUACAGAGAUGAGCAAUAACAUCGAGUAUAUGAAAAGUAUUAGAUAUCAGAAGUACUGCAGUUCGUUGUGCUUUCUUCUGAUUUACAACUCGUAAUUAAUUACUGGUUUUAGCAGGG